GCCUGGGGGAUUGAGGUGGGGGCGCAUGUGUGUUAGUGGGGGGCUGAGCCUGCCCCGCCCAGCCCCGCCCCCUGCCGGGCAGUUGCGGUUGGUGUUUCCAGGCUCGCCCCGCCUCCCUUCCCCGUCCCUACCCCUGUGGGCUGGAGCCGAGGCUCAGCUCCUGCCAGGGCAGGCCCGCGCCACCACCCGCUGCCAGGGAGGCCGGGGCGCAGAGCCCAGCCAGCUCUCCUGGGGGCGCCCGCCUCGAGGGCCAGGGAAGCCCCGGAGCUCCUCUCUCUGCUCCCGGGGCUAGAAGCCUCUCCGUCUGCCGCCCUGCCCCACUGAGGGGUCCCAGGAUGUAGGGAAGAGGACGGGGAAGAUGAAUAAUCCGAAGCACAGAGCGGAGCCAUCACCUGCUCGAGGGCACUUCUAGCAGAGCCAGCCUCAGACUAGGCCCGCUGGUAGGAGCCCAGGUCUCGGCUCUCGCCGAGCUGAGGCCCUCAGCGCCAUGUUUGGGAAGAAGAAGAAGCGGGUCGAGAUCUCAGCACCGUCCAACUUCGAGCACCGCGUGCACACGGGCUUCGACCAGCACGAGCAGAAGUUCACGGGGCUGCCCCGCCAGUGGCAGAGCCUGAUCGAGGAGUCAGCCCGCCGGCCCAAGCCCCUCGUCGACCCCGCCUGCAUCACCUCCAUCCAGCCUGGAGCUCCCAAGACCAUCGUGCGCGGCAACAAAGUCGCCAAGGAUGGGGCCCUCACACUGCUGCUCGACGAGUUUGAGAACAUGUCGGUGACACGCUCCAACUCCCUGCGGAAAGACAGCCCGCCGCCACCCUCCCGGGCCCACCAGGAAAACGGGAUGCCCGAGGAGCUGCUCCCCACGGCCAGAGGGGGCCCAGAGAAGGCAGGCGGCCGGAGCCGGCUGGCCGGCCGCAGCGAGGCGGGUGGCGGCAGCGGUGACAAGCGGCGAGUGGGGCCGGAGAAGCGGCCCAAGUCUUCCCGGGAGGGCUCAGGGGCGCCCCAGGAGUCCUCUCGGGACAAACGCCCCUUCUCUGGGCCCAACAUCCGCUCCCCCCAGCCUGCCAGUCUGGCCAGUGGGGCGAAACUGGCGGCCGGCCGGCCCUUUAACACCUACCCGCGGGCCGACACGGACCACCCGUCCCGGGGUGCCCAGGGGGAGCCUCACAACACGGCCCCCAAUGGGCCAUCAGCAGGGGGCCUGGCCGCCCCCCAGUCCUCCUCCCGGCCCCCCACCCGGGCCCAUGGCCCCCCCAGCCCUGGAGUGCUGGGCCCCCACGCUUCCGAGCCCCAGCUGGGCCCUCCGGCCCGCGCCCUUGCCGCCCCUGCCACCCCCGCGCCCCCGAGCCUCCGCUCACCCCAGCGGGAGCCCCAGCGGGUGUCCCACGAGCAGUUCCGGGCCGCCCUGCAGCUGGUGGUGGACCCCGGGGACCCUCGCUCCUACCUGGACAACUUCAUCAAGAUCGGCGAGGGCUCCACGGGCAUCGUGUGCAUUGCCACCGUGCGCAGCUCCGGCAAGCUGGUGGCCGUCAAGAAGAUGGACCUGCGCAAGCAGCAGAGGCGCGAGCUGCUCUUCAACGAGGUGGUGAUCAUGCGGGACCACCAGCACGAGCACGUAGUGGAGAUGUACAACAGCUACCUGGUGGGCGAUGAGCUCUGGGUGGUGAUGGAGUUCCUGGAGGGAGGUGCCCUCACCGACAUCGUCACCCACACCAGGAUGAAUGAGGAGCAGAUUGCCGCCGUGUGCCUGGCCGUGCUGCAGGCCUUGUCCGUGCUCCACGCCCAGGGUGUCAUCCACCGGGACAUCAAGAGCGACUCCAUCCUGCUGACCCACGAUGGUCGGGUGAAGCUGUCAGACUUUGGGUUCUGCGCCCAGGUGAGCAAGGAGGUGCCAAGGAGGAAGUCACUGGUGGGCACGCCCUACUGGAUGGCCCCGGAGCUCAUCUCCCGCCUUCCCUACGGGCCCGAGGUGGACAUCUGGUCGCUGGGUGUAAUGGUGAUCGAGAUGGUGGAUGGGGAGCCCCCAUACUUCAACGAGCCACCCCUCAAAGCCAUGAAGAUGAUUCGGGACAACCUUCCACCCCGACUGAAAAACCUGCACAAGGUCUCGCCUUCCCUGAAGGGCUUCCUAGACCGCCUGCUGGUGCGGGACCCAGCUCAGCGGGCCACGGCCGCCGAGUUGCUGAAGCACCCCUUCCUGGCCAAGGCAGGGCCGCCCUCCAGCAUCGUGCCCCUCAUGCGCCAGAACCGCACCAGAUGAGGCCCAGCCGCCCCGCCCCGAAACCAAAGAGCCCGUGGGCCGCCCUGCCCCUCCGGAGGCCAGGAGGGACCGGCCCUGCCCCUCCUCACCCAGGGACACUCCGAGUGACGCCGCCCUCUGGGGCCUACUACUGAACUCCGGCUUUGAUUUUGUGACUUGACGAAAAUCACAGGGACUCGUGGGAGCAAGUGAGGCUCCCAGAAGCCCGCCCCGCUCCAGGACAGGCCCUCAGCUAUGCUCCCUGUCUCCAGGAAGGACAGGGGGCCCUCCCAUCACUGGAAAUCUGCAGCGGGAGGGCACUGGGGGUGGAGAGAACACUACAAAAAGAGGUGUGUGCAUGCGUGUGUGCGUGUGUGUGCAGGCGUGUGCGGACUGUCCAGCUCCUGUCCUCCAGCCUGCAGAUGGGUGUCUCUGAGACUCUAACAUAGAACCCCCCUCCCCAUCCUGAGCCAUUACGGGGGUGGACCGUGAAUGUCUGCAGAGUGGCCUUUUCUCUCCCCCCUGCACUCUUUCUGUGGAUGGCUGGGGGUCAGGGGUCGGGGCUUCCCACCCACCCCCAGCCUCUGCAGAAGAUGACUACUGCACCUGGGCAGCCUCCUCUUUUCUAGAAAUCUAUUUAUAUUGUCAUUUUAUAACACUAGCCCUUGCCCUCACCCGCCCCGUGGGGCAGCAUUGGGUGCAGAACCACUGCUCAGUGAGGCAGUUCCUGCCCCAUGGCUACAGCCCUGCCCUCCCCGCCCUCCCCGCAAGUUAGUUUUACAAUUAAAAUAUUUUUCUUGUU